UUGAGUGGGGAAAGCAGAGAGAGCUUCUCCAACUGGGAUUUGUUUCAUGAUGGGAUUUUCCUUGUUCCCGAUGAAGUCAUCAACCCGCAUGCUGUGGAGUACGAGCUUCUUCCGCCACAAGACCAUCGUUUUUUUCUGAGGGUAGCCCAAUUAAAGGUAGGACAGAGCAUCGAUCUAAUAGUAACCAUAUCCUAGUAAGAGAUUUGGCCUUCGCUUAUAGUUUAGUAAAGGAACGGGGGAGUGCGAGAACUCAGCAGGGAACGCUCCGAUUAAGGGAGAAAGAUGGAUUCCGGAAGACUCAUCGUCAAUUCGUCCUCCUCUCAUGGAGGCCGCAUGCUGAUCCUCGGUGGUUCCAGUAGCCCUCUCUUCCGAGGAACGAGAUCGGUGGUAAGCUUGGAGGAUGGCGCGACCAAGCGGCGUCCCUUCUUUACAACUGUGGAGGAGCUCCUAGAAGAGGAGUAUUACGACGAACAGCUUCCGGAAAAGAAGCGCCGUCUCACCCCAGAGCAGGUAAUCACUCCUUCCUCUACCGUCUCAAAAAAAUUCCAUGGGGUUAAAGAGCGGUCGGUUCUGCUCGGGACAUGAACGUGGUUAAUGACG